AAACCAUGCCCUGUCAUUGCGCGCCGCCGCUGGGAAAGCAGCAAAGAGCCUUAACUUGAAGUUGAGGAAGAAAAGUUCAGCCCAAGGUAUUGAGAGAGCAGCAAUAGAGAAAGCUGGACUGAGUUACAAUGGGAGAAUGGAACUUCCUCAGCGAUCUACUCGAUUCCAUCAAAAGCCACUCACCUUUGCUGGGUCGCAUUUGGCUCCUGCUGAUGGUGAUUUUCCGAAUUCUCGUCCUGGCCACGGUGGGCAGUGACAUUUUUGAGGAUGAGCAGGAGGAAUUUGCCUGCAACACACUGCAGCCAGGCUGCAAACAGGUCUGUUACAACAAGGCCUUUCCUAUUUCACCAUUCAGGCUCUGGGUGUUCCACAUUGUGAUUCUGUCUAUCCCGACCCUGAUAUUUGUGGCCUAUGCUAUGCACCAGUCCUCGAAGGGUGAGAAGGAAGAGAACGUUCGCAUCGUCCAGAAGGAAGGGCUGGCUUUUGAUCAGCCAAGGAUACAGAAAUUAUACAUGAUUCAAGUGAUUCUCCGCCUGAUCAUUGAGAUUGGCCUCAUUAUUUCUCAGUUUUUAAUAUUCGGCUUUACAAUCGAACCCCAGUUUCUCUGCAUCGGUUUCCCAUGUCCUCACACCGUGGACUGUUUUGUUUCCCGUCCUAUGGAGAAGACCGUGUUUUUGAUGUUCUAUUUUGUAGUUGGUGUUCUUUCCGCAUUUGUUAGUUUUGUAGAAUUGGUCCACGUUUUUCGCAAAUUGUUUUACAGGAGGCCACUGAAAGCCUGCGAGCAACAGAAUCGGUCAAACAGUGACUAUGAGAAAGGUAGGGACUCCCACACAGUGCAGUUAAUAGACAAGAGAAGUGCAAUCAGCCACAAAACCAGCCAUUCUGAUAUGGAGUCCACUCAUAAGAGCAAAUCAUUAGACAGCAGUAACAGUGCAAGAUCUUCACGGUCAAGUACAAAGAAACCCCCUCUUCAUAUCUAAGAGGAACAGGCGUAGGGUCUGAUUGGUCAUGGACUGGUAUAUCAAACAACUUGCAAGCAAAACAUAAAUGCCAGAGACUGAAAAUCUUCAAAAGUUCAAAAUCAGGUCUGAUCAGAACCUUCUGUGGGUUAACAGAGGCAGAACAAAACUGACUGUUCAUUCAAUCCCAGUUUCACUCUGUCCUGAUGCUUGUGUUAUUUUUUGGUUUGCCUAAUCGUUGCUAUGGUUAUUUAAAGGAUUG